UGACAACCGUGACGUCAGCGCGUAGCCCUGUCCCGUUUGCAAUUUCGUCUCCAAGUAGAAUAAAAAUGUAAUUUCACGGGAUUUUAUGAACGCAGAAAUGUUUCCCGUGGAUUCUUCAUGAAGUUGUGAACCCGGUCAAAACGUAAAACCAUGCUCAAAUGGUUUUCUGGUGAAGAGGGGGAGUCUGGCUCUGGAGGCCCAGGCUCGCCCCGUAGAGCUGCCGGUGAUGGAGAGGCUGCAGCUGAAGAACUGGCAGAGCGCUUGACCCAAACGGAGCAGCUGGUCGCUCAGCUGAAGGAGCUGAUCCGGGAGAAGGAUGCAGAACUCCGCUCCAAAGAUGACCAGCUUAAGGUGGAGAAGGAGACAUGUGAGACCAAACUGUCCAAGCUGCGUCUCCAGAACAAGGCCAAGGUGACGUCCCUCACCACACAGCUGGAGGAGCUGAAGAGGCAGCAGGGAGGUUCUGGCACGCCGACGCGCGGCAAGAAGGGGUCAUCAGAAGGAGGAGGAGGAGGAGGAGAACAAGCCAGCCGGGGUAAGAUCGUCCUGCUUAAGAAGAAGGUUGAGGAGCUGGAGCAGCAGCUGGCACAACGAGACGUGGAACUGGAAAACAAGAGGAAGGAGUUGGACUCGAGGCGGCAGCGAGGCGAGGAGAUCGACGCUAUGCUGACAGAGAAGGACAGGAAGCUGGCAGAGAAAGAAGCCUACAUCGUCCACCUGCAGACGGCGCUGGCAGGAGAUCAGCCCGUCACUCCUGCACCACAACAGAAGGUGGCGGAGGACAGCGGAGCGAUGCAGGAGCUGCAGCUGCUGGUGCAGAGCCUCACCAAGAAAGUAGGGGAAGCGGAGGAGCGUUACAGUUUGCUGCAGGAGCAGGCGGAGAGUCUCAAAGAGCUGCUGGUCACAGAGAAGGAGCAGUACGGCCAGAAGGAGGCCAUGUACAAGCAGAACAUCCAGACAUUUAAAGACAUCAUCAUUCAGAAGGAUAACCAGCUGAUGGAGGUCAACCAGCUGCACGAACAGGAGCUCUUUAAGCUAGCGGCCAAGUCAGAUGCGAGUGCAGACUUGGAGCAGCUUCUGAAGGCUCUGAAGCAGAAGCUUCACGAGAAGGAGGAGGUGCUGCUGGGAAAGACUCAGGUCAUCGAUGUUCUGCAGGGGGAGGUGGACGGCAGAGACCAGCAGAUAAAGGAGCUGACGGAACGACUGCGCCGGCUACAAGUGGAGCGCGAGAGCCUCGAGUCCAAGAUGGAGGCGGAGAAGCACGUGAUGCGAGCGCAGCUACGCGACCUGAUGGAGAAGCAACAGGCGGAGGUGCAGCGUAUGGCUGCGCAGCAUCAAGCGCAGAUGGACCAAGCUCAGCAGGACCUGAUGGGGCAGCUGGAGGAGCUGAGGAGAGCCUCGGUAGCAGCACCUCCUUCCAGCCAGGACGCUUCAGGAAGCGGAAACGCGCCCACGGAUUCAGCCUCCGUUCAGAGGAUAGCAGAGUUGGAAGCUCAAGCGAAACAAAAAACGGAUGAAGCCACUCGAUCAGAAGCCAAGUUCCUGAAAAUAAAAGCUUGGUCUAAAACUCGAAUCAGACAACUCGAGGAGGAGCUGAGGAAAAGCCAGGCUGGGGGGGCCCCUCCCGACAUGACUGCCCUGCGGAGUCGCGUCACAGAGCUGGAGGAGGAGAGGGAGGAGAUCCUCUGGAAAGUGGAGCACUACGAGGAGCUCAAAGCGGUUAAUGAAAUGCUGGAGGCUAAGCUGGUUGUGUACGAGGAGCAGCAGAGGACACUACAGGCAGACCUGGAGCAGUUCACUAAGAGGGCUGCUUCUCAGGCCAGUGAGUCGGGCAGCGCCGACGACACCCAGAGCCAGGUCCUGGAGUGGCAGGAGAUGGUGGCCGAGGCCGUCAGCGCCCGGGACCGAGUCAAGGAGGAGAAGGCUGCCAUGGCUCUACGCAUCAGCCACAUGGAGGAGGAACGAGAGGGACUGAUUGAGGAUGACUGGUUCUUUCCUGGCUGCUCCGAUCCAGCACUCGCCACUCGGCAGCAGGAGUUGGAGGAGGAGCUGGCUCAAGCUCGGGGGCUCGGCCAGCACAGGGCCAAGAAGCUGGCAGCUCCGGCCCAGCGAAGCCUGCAGGACGACUUUGAGUUUGACGGGCAGGUCCCGUUCCAGGACCCUCGGAGCGCCUCGGAGAGCACGACCCCGAUGGAGGGAGAGAACAUGGGAGGUUGGUGGCCCGAGUACAGUACUCCUGACACAGAUGGCUUGCGGUCUGUUGUGGAGGAACUGGAGCUGGAAAGGAACCAACUGCAGGAGCAGAUACUGAGCCUGGAGGAGCGCUGCCAGGACCUGGAGGACCGACUGCAGCUGCAGGCCCGCAUAGAGACAUUACAGAAUGAGUCUGAGAAGCUACAGAACCAACUUGCCAGCGUCAGGAGUCAGCAGAGCAGAGAGGCGGAGAAGCAUCAGCUACUGGUCAGCAGCCUCAACGAGCAGCUCAAAGGGCUGAGUGACACACAAGAGUGUCUGGAGAGCUCCCUCAUUGAGAAGGAGAACACACUGGCGAAGACAUCUGAGAAGCUGGAGCUGAUCAGCAGCCUUCGAGAAUCCCUGAGCGAAAAAGAGAUUCAGUACAAAGAGCUGUCUGAGAAGCUCCUUCAGACCGAACACAGCCUUGAUAUAAUUUCCAAGAAAUGCAGCAGCUCAGAGAAACAGUGCUCUGAGUUGAAAACAGAAGUCGUGGACCUCACCCAGAAGUUGACUGCCCUGAAAGAGAAGACUCAAAAACAAGAAGUCACCAUAGAAACGUUACAAACUGACCUGGAUCAGACAAACGAGGAGCUGGACAAACUAAACACCGCACACUUGGAAGAACGAGCUCAACUCAUUCACGACCUUCAAAGCUGCGAGCGGGAAAUUGACUCUCUCAAAGAUGUUCUGGUGGAAAAGGAGAAGGAGAUAUCCACCCUCACCUGCAACAUGGCCGAGUACGGAGAACAGAUCGCGGUGCUGAAGAAGGAGAUCAAGCUCAAAGAGGAGAGCCUGGUCCAGGUAGAAAACGCACUGAGUAAAGCAGAGCGGGAGGCCACCAUCAUCAGAGACUCGCAGAGCUCAGACCAGCAAUCUCUGAACAGUAAAAUCACAGAGCUGGUCGGGAACCUCAAGGACACUGAGGCAGAGUUGGUCAAGGCCAAAGAGGAAAGAGAGACUAAAGUGGCCGAGGUGGAACAUCUGAUAAAGCAGACUGAAGACGACAUGAAAACUAUUCAGGAUCUUCGAGGGGAGGUCCAGAAGCAGAUUGUGAGCCAUCGUAAUCAUCUGUCUGAGUGUGAGACACACAUCAGUUCGCUGAAGGAGCAGCUGGUGUCAUCUGCCCAAAAGCUGCAGGAGUCUGAAGGUCUAGUGCUGCAACUCAAGGACAAAAAUAACAGCAAUGAGAAACUACAGCAAGAGCUUAAAGAUAAAGAGGAGACAUAUGAAAAAGAGCUCAAAUCCACCAAGGAAGAGCAAAACAAACUUUUGGCACAGGUGGAGAAAUCAAAUAGUGAUGUUCAGAAUCUCUCCAAACAGUUAGAGGAGUCACUGCAAGAGAAACUGGAAACCGUAGCGUCACUGGAAAACCAGCUAAAGGCAACUGAUAAACAGGUCGAGGACGAGAGGCAGAAAUUCAACACAGAGUUACAACUUAGGGAUUCAGAAAAUCAAAAACUGAGCAGCGAACUUCAAAGCAAAUCCGAAAAUAUCACCAAACUCAAGAACCUCUUAAAAAACACAAAGACUGAAAAGCAGCAGUUGCAAGAAAAGUUGAAAGGGCUGAAUGCGGAGCUUGACCUGCAGAAGCAGAGUGCGAAAGAGCUCAAUGAAAAGGUUUCAUCUGCUCUUGAACUCAAUGGCAGCCUGGAGAAUCAAGUGCACUUCCUCACAAAAGAGAAAGAGAGACUUGAAGUGGAAAUAACUGAACGAGCAAAGAACAUUUCAGAAGCUGCAGCUGACGUGGAGACCCUGCGGGCCAAAAUAUCUACUUUAGAAACACAGGAUUCACAAAAUAACAAGAUUAUUCAAGGGCUACAAAAAGAUAAAGAGGAGCUGACAAUUCGAACCAACGAGUUAAAUAGAGUCCUUGAGCAAAGCAGUCACUCAAACUCUGAGAUGUUGUUGGCGAAAACAAACGAAUGCAGCAAUCUCAGCCAGUUACUCAGGGAGAAGGAGGAGAUGCUGACCCAGCUGCAGGAACAAGUGCAAAGCUUGACUUCUAAUGUCAACCAGCUGCAGCGUGACACGGUGGAAAAACAGCAGAGUGCCACUGAUCUGCUGGCACAACUAGAGGCCCAACAAAAUCAGCGAACACAGCUGCAGGAAACGUUGUCUCUGCUCCAGGAGCAAGAAUCAGCCCUGAAGUCUGGGUUAAUGGAGAAGGACGCAGCGUUGAAACAGAAGGAGGAAGAGAACCAGAGUUUGCAGAAUGAAAUCACAGCUCAGAAAAAUAGGCUACACACUGAGGCCGAGUCACUCAGGCAGCAACUUGCAGAAAAAGAAGAAAUGUGUGAAAAAUACAAAGAUGAACUGAAUGAUACUAAUAAGGCUGUUAAAUCUCUGAGUGAGCAGAUCAGUGUCAUGGAAGAAAAUGGCAGAAAGUUCGAAUCUGAAGCUGAGCAGAGGCAAGCCGAGUUGGCUAGCCUAAAGAGCCACAUCCAGGCUCUCACUGAGCAAAACCAACAACUUCGUGCUGCUUGUGAAUCCAGAGAGAAAGAGCUUGUUCGGCAAACCAAGACUGUGUCCGACCUUGAUGGACAGCUUAAAGCGGCUCUUGAACAAAACUCCAGUUUUAGCGUGACUGUUAGCAGCCUGACAGAACACAAUCAAAGGCUACAGGAAGAGCUAGCACACAACAUGAAAUCUGUUUCUGAACUAACCGCAGAGAGAAGUUUACUUCAAGAAAAGAAUUCUGGGCUUGAAAUUAAAAUCUCAGACAAUCAGAGAAUAAUCGAGGAGCUUACUUUUGCUGCAGAUGAACUAAAGAAGAUCCUCAGGGAGAGUGAGCAAUCAAACUCUGCAGGUCUACUUGAGAAAACAACUGAAUGUGCUAAUCUGUCAAAAACGCUAAGAGAGCGAGAAGAGCAUCUUCAUAGUUUACAAGAGCAUGCGGAUGGUUUAAAAUUGCAAGUUAGUCAACUCAGCAUGUCUUUGAAUGACAAAGAUCAGAUGUUGUCAGAAAAGAGCUCACAGAUGGAGGCUCUGCAGAACCAGCUGGUUCAGCUGCAGGACACGCUGUCUAUGCUUCAGGAACAGGGAUCUGUUCUGAAGUCAGGACUGGUGGAGAAAGACACUCUGCUUCAGCAGAAAGCAGAGGAAUGCAACGUUUAUCAGAAGGAGGUCCUGCUACAGAAAGACCUCCUGUCACAGAUACAGGGUGAGGUAGAGUCACUUAGACAACAGUGCUUUGAGGCAAAACAGCAGGUAGAGCACAAAGAACAGGCAUUAAACGAAGUCACAAAUGAAUUUCAGAACCACAAAAACGAGCUGAACAAACGAAAUGAAUCUGUGAUUUCACUCAGCAGUCAGCUCGGGGCCAUGAACGAGAACGUUGCAGAGAUGGAGGUUGAAAUUACCAACCUCAAGGCUUCUGUGGAGAAGCUCAGUGCAGAAAAUCGUGAGCUGAUGCAGGAGCACGACCAGAGGAACGCAGAAAUAAUUGACUUGAAAGACAGUGUACAAGCACUGAAUGAGCAGAACACAAGACUGAAAUCUGAACUUCAGAAAACAAUGUCGGAGCUGUCUCAAGCACGUGAGCAAGUCACAAAUCUCAAAACGGAAGUCUGCGACAGAGAUGGCGAGCUCACAAAGGCCAACUCGGAGAAAGAGUCCCUUAACCAGGCUGUGCAAGGAAAAGAUGACAAUCUGAAAGAGAAGGAGAAUUUGAUCCAACAGCUCAACAGUAAGCUUGCUGAGCAGACAGAGCAGCUGAAACGGAAAGCAGAUGAAAACGUCAGUUUACAAACACAGGUUUCAGAGCUCGAAGAUUCUGUGUGCACAUUCAGAAGUCAAGUUGAUAGUCUCACUUCCGAGUCUUCCAUUCUGAAGAACACUCUGACGAAAAAGGAACAGUCGAACCUUGAAUAUCAGAGUCACUCCUCUGCUGCUGUUGAAAGUCUCAAUUCACAUCUACAAGCUAAAGAGGCAGAAUGUGAGAGCUUAAAAGAACAGAUUUCACACCUUGGAGAAUCUACCACAAAGCUCAACACGUCUCUCCAGGUUCAGAUAUCUGAAGCGGAAAAUCUCAAAAAGGCCUUGGAAGAAAAAGAAGCAGCUCUUUUGGAGCAAUCCAAGUCUAUCCAGGAGAUUCAAAGAAGAGCAGAUGAGGCGUUGCUCUUCAAAACCCAGUUCAUGGAAAGCACAGAGCUGGUGUCACAACUGCAGAGUCAGAUUCAGUCACUAUCUGCUGAAUCGGAAAAACUCAAAAAGUCAGCAGAAGAGAUGCAAAGUGCCUUCGACAACCUACAAGAGAAAUAUGCAGCUAAUUUAGAGGAGUUACAAGAUGUGAGACAGCAGCUCUCUCAGAGGACUGAUGAGGUGUCCAACCUUAGGACAUUAGUAGAUGAUUCCAGUCAUGAGCAUCAGGCAGCACAUACAUCAAUAGAAACACUGAGACAUGAGUUAUCCGUGGUCCAUCACAAACUUGAGGAAACCGAAGUCCUGAACUCUAGUCUUUCAAAAGAAAAGGAUGAAGCUUUUGCUUCUCAUCAAGCUAGCGUGUCACUGCUGACGGUGGAAAUAGAAAGACUCAAGUCUCAACAUCUUCAGGUUGUGGCACAAAUGAAUGCUCUGACAGAAAACCUUGAACAGAGGGAAAUGGCUCUCCAUGCAAUCAAUAGUCAGUACACAGCCCAGGCCAAACACGCGUCUCAGCUGGUCUCAGAAAUGCACAAACUAGAAGAGCAAAAUAGGCGACUAAACGAGGAGCUCAGUUUGUCGAAGGAGGAGCAGCUGAAGCUUCACACUGCAGUCACUAGUGAAAACGCACGUUUGCAAGAGGAAGUUAGAAAACUUAAGCAGAGCCUUCAAGCAAAGGUUAGUGCCAAAGACGAAGAACUUUCUCAAUUAAAAGAAAACGUUCAAAAGAUAGAGCAAAUUCUGCAGGACUCUGAGAAAGAGUGGCUGUUGGUUUUGGAUAGAGAAAAACAGGAUAAGAAUCUGCUUGUAGAACAGUUGAAAAGUGUUGAGAAUGAAAUGAAAUCUAAAGAUGUUAAAGUUAAUGCUUUGAAACAAGACUUGGACAGUUUGCAGGAGAAACUAGCCGAGGCCUUCUCCGCCAUAAGGCAGCGCUCUGAUCAACUGAGCGCAAAAGAGUUGGAAGCAUCAGCAUCCAGGGUUCAACUGGAGACAGUGCUAGCAUCAAUCCAGGAGAAGGAUAGGGAGAACCAUCAUUUACAGCAGGCUCUGAAAGCGGUGCAAGAUGAGUUACAAAAACUUGUAGUGAGAAGAAAUGGUUCUGACAAAGUCUCGAAAGUAUUGCCACCAUCUGAGACAUCUGCUGCUUUAAAUGAAGACAGAACCUCUGUACAGGAUAUGAUAAAACUGUUUGAGGAAAGCCACCAGUCUGAGGUGGAUGCUUUGAAUAAAGAGCUGGCCAAAACGGUUGCACAGCUAGAAAAGGCACAGAAUAUUCUUAAUGAAGGUGAAAGGAAUAAUGAUGAGAAGGCUCAACAAAUCGCCCACUUGCAGGAAACCGUUGAGCAUUUAGAGACUCAGUUUAAUGCUGAGUUGGAGAAAAAUGAAUUAAAAGCAAAAGAUGAACAAAUGGGCUGUAUGAGCGUUCAGAUCAGUCAGCAGAAGGAGAUACUCUCUGGACUUAGUCAGCAGUUAAAUGAGAAAGAUUCAAACAUCACCCAAGUCGCAGAGUCUGCCUCAAAUGAGCGAAUGAAGCUUGUGGAGGAAAACAGGUUGCUGUUAGCACAACUGGAGAGUGUGGAGCAAGCACAUAAAACCUCAGUGAAGAGGCUCGAAGAGGUUUCUCAGCAGCUAGAAGAACAUAUUUCACGCUCUCAAAGUGAAAUUGAGAUCAAGAAUUCAGAGAUGCUUGAACUGAUGAAGGCAAAAGGUGAUCUGCAGAGUGAGCUCGCAAAGGUGUCCAAAGAAAAAGAUGCUCUGAAGAAGAAGCUUCAGGCGGCUCUCGUUGUGAGGAAAGAUCUUUUAAAAAGAAUUGACGAAUAUGAAAACCAGAAAGAAGAGAGUGUAAACGUUAAUACCGAGGUUUCACUUCUACAGGAAAAAUUGCAUGGAGUAACACAACAAGCUAAAACUUAUGAAGAAAACAUUUCCCUUCUUGAAAAGAAAGUGGCUCAGAAUGAGGGAGAGAUUCUUGAACACAAAGCAGAAAUGCAAAGACUUGUGGAACAAUUACAGUCAGAAAGACAAACUCUGCAAACAACAUUAAAUGAGAAAGAAGCGUGUUUGUCAGAAACAUUACAAACUCUCAGUGAGAAAAACACCCUCAUUGAUCAGCUGCAGGCCAGUGCUGCAGGGAGGGAAGAAGCUUUUGAGCAAGACAGAAAUAAACUGAUGUUGAAAUUAGAAGAGCUUCAAAAUGAAAUGAAAUCAUGUAAGGAUGAGUUAAAUGAUAAAUCUUCCUCUGCUGCUAGUGCUGUUGAUCUAGAAAACGAGCUUGCUCAGAUAAAGCUAGAAAAGGCAACACUACAGAAAAAGGCCCAGGCUGCUUUGCUGGCACGCAAAGAGACGAUGAAGAAAGCUCAGGAAAAUGAAAAGAAACUAAGUCAAGAACUGGCUGAACUGAAAGACGACUACAAAGCUCUCCUAGAACAACAGUGCCAGCAGACCAACGAGCUAAACGCUGUCCAGUUACAGUUUGAUGAGAAGGUCAGGGAGCUUGAAGAUAUUCAUAAGACCUCUUUGUCUUAUCUGGAUGAACUGGGCACUUUAAGACAGCUUGUUGAGGAGAAGGAUAAACAUCUGCAAGAUUUAAAGAUGUCCUUGGCUGAGAAAGAGAGCCAGUGCCAUUCUCUGUCACACUUGCAAACAGAGCUAGAAACCGUAAAAUCCAGGUUGGAGAGCGUGUCGGUUGAGAUGUCAAGUAAAGAUGAUGCUCUCAUAGCUAUGGAACAAAGAGAGGGUUCUUUGAAAGUUAAAUUGCAAAUGUUAGAGAAUGAUUUGGAGAAAGCUUACGCAGUAGCGAGAGAAAAAACAGAAGAAGUUGAGAAAUAUCAGGAAACAGUCAAAGAUGCAGAGCUUAAGACCCAACAACAGACUCAAGUAUUCGCAGAAGAAAAGUGUCACAUUUUAAUAAAAGAAAAUGAGGCACUCAUGGAGCAAAAUAAUCAGAUGAAAGUGCAACUUGAGACAUCAGUUGCUUUAGCUUCGCAGAAAUCUUUAGAAGUCCUAAGCAUCCAAAAGACAUUAGCAGAGACGCAACAGCAGCUCAGUGAAGAGAAAGAUGUUUUGUCCAUAGAGCUUGAAAAGGCAAAGUUGCAGUUUUCCGAAACACAAUGGACACUUGAUUCAUUGAAACAGGAGAAAGAAAAUGCUGUCAGAUUAAUCAGUGAACUCAGAGAUGAUGUGACAACGCUGCGCAAGCAGCUGGAAGAGUCAGAGAAAGAAAUUAAAAACCUUGAAGCCAAACUGAAGGACAAAGAUGAUGCAUUGGUAGUUUCUCAGUGUCAGGCUUCAGAAAAAGAAGAACUAAUUGCUGCACUAGAACGGCAGUUACAACAGCAAAUUAAAAUGCAUGAGAUGGCCAUUGAAAAGAUGAGAAUGGAGGCUGACGAGCUCCAGAAAUCUCAACAAGACGGUAACAGAAUGAAUGAUCAGGACAACCAAAACAAAAUUGCCCUUCUUACCAAGAAACUUCAAGCAGCCUUAGUUUCUAGGAAAGAACUCUUGAAGGAAAAUGCAGUGCUCAAAGAAGAAGCAGAAAAGCAGUCAGCCAGACACAAAGAGAAAGAAGCAAAGUUUGCUGCCCUGGAAUCAUCAGUGUUCAAGUUAAAACAACAAAAUACAGAACUGGAAAGCACUGUGUCAUCGGUCACAAAAGAGAAAGACGAUCUGAGCACUGAAGUCGAUCGCGUCCUUAAUGAUAAUCGGAGUCUGUCUGCAGCCUGUGAAAGUUUGAAACUCACCAUAGAAAGCAUCACUCAGCAAAAACAAGCCUUUUCAUGCCAGCUCGAAUCUCUGAAAGACUCUCAAACUGAGGAGUUGUCCAAGUGGAAGUCAAAGCACGCCGAGCUGAAACAAGAGUACGAGUCUCUUCUACAAGCAUAUGAAAACGUCAGCAGUGAAAUGGAUAAGAUGAGGCAGCUUUUGGAGGGGGCCAAGAGAGAUCGUCAGGAAGCCCUUCGAAAACUACACAAGCAAGAGACCGAGAUGGAGACUCUGGAGAAGCAAACCCGAGAGAUGGAGGAUGAAAAUGAAAAAAUCAAAGAGAGAAUGCACAAGUUCUCCAAAGAGAAACGGUUAAAGAUUGAAGAGCUGGAGGAAGAGAAUCAGAAAAUAAGAAACCAGCUGUCUGAGCUCGAUGGAAACCACAAAAUGUCAAUGUGCGAGCUAAGCGAUAAGAACCAGCAACUAGAGUUAGAGAUUUGCCAGCUUAAGGAGUCUUCAGAGGGUCUCAGAGUAAAGCUUACAGAGAUGCAGGCAGAAAAUGCCCAAUUGGCAGAAAAUCUUGAAGAAGCAAAGUGUUCAUUGGAAAAGAUGGGCUCAGAAUCAAAUUCAUACACAAACAACAUGCAGCUCAAACUUGAUGAGGCGCUUAGUUUGAAUAAUUCUCUAACUGCACAGAUUGAGACCCAGAAAACUGAACUUGGUGCUCAGCUAGAAAUUAACAACUUGCUGCAAAAAGAGAAGCAACAGCUUUCUGAAAGAAUUGAAAAGAUACAGGUUGAUUAUGAAUUGCAGUUGGGGAAGAAAGAUGAUUCUAUUAAAGAGCUCAAAGACAUUAUAAACAGACACAGACAAGAGACUAUCAGCCUAAAUGAGAAGGUGAGGAUCUUGGAGGACGACAAGUGUCUUUUGCAAGAGGAGCUUGAAAAUGUCCAAGAGAUCUCAGACAAAGUGAAGAAUGAAAAUGAAUAUUUGGAAACAGUGAUCCUCAAGAACUCUGAAAGAAUUGAUGAACUGACCGAAUCCCUCGGUGCUUUGCAAACUAAGAACACACAGCUCAGCGCUCAGCUCACAGCCAGUAAGGAGUCAAAUAAUCAAGUUCGUCAGGAAAAAGAGCAGGAGCAGCUUAAGCUAGUCAGAGAAUUAGAAGACAAACUCAAGACUGUUCAAAGAGGCAGUGAGGGCUCCAAGAAUGUGAAGAAAGAACUGCAGGAGCUGCUCAAAGAAAAGCAUCAAGAGAUAAAUCAGCUGCAACAAAACUGCAUCAAAUACCAGGAGCUGAUUUUAGAUCUGGAGAGCUCUCUGAAGAGCUCACAGUCAGCCUGUGAACACUUGGAGAAAGGUAUGAACAAAAGCUCAGAGAAGAUAUCGCUUUUAGAGGAGAGAUGUAAGCAAGCAGAAGCUGAGUUAAUGACACACAAGAAUCUUCUCCAAGAGGCAGAGGAAAAGAUCAGGAGUGCGCAAUCAGAAAGAGACCAGCUGGUUCUUGAACUGUCGCAGCAAAGUAAACAGCGUGAGGCCACAGAGAAAACAAAAUCACUACAAAAUGCAGACGAAACUCAGACAAAUGCUUACAUGGAGAGUCAGUUUGCAUUGCAACAGCAGAUAAACGACCUGAAGGAUUUAAAAGAUAAAGAAAGUCAAAGAGUUGAUGAACUGACACAGCAGCUUGACUCUCAGAACCUACAAAUAAACAGUCUAAAGAGAGCAGCCGAGACCAAUGAGGCGAAGCUGUCUGCUUUGUCUUCCACACCGCAUGGGGCAAAUUCUGCCAAAAUUUGGAAUGACUUGUACCAAAAGACCCUGCACGAGAAGGACAACCAGCUCCUCGAGCAAGGUUUCAUGAUCAAAAGAUUCCUGGAAGAUAUGAGAUUAAAAGACAAAGAGGUGAACGAACUACGAGUGACUAAGUCCAGACUGGAGAGGACGUUGAACGAGUACUCGGUUGCGGCGGCCGCCCAGCAGCGACAGCUGUUUGUCAUGAGCGCAACCAAUGCUGAACUCAGUGAGACUGCAGAACUCAUGACUUUGCAGGUGAAGGAACUUAGCGCUCAAGUGGAUAAAAUGGAACAAGAUAAAAACACACUGAACCGACUGCUUGCUGACAAAGAAGACGUGAUUUCCCAGCUGCAGCUUGGUCUCCAGCAAACGGAGAAGCUACAUGCCGACACAGAUGCUCAGCUGCUUCUGUUACAGGCUCAAAAAGACAAAAUUCAGGCCGAAUUUGAGAAGCAGGAGGGAAUCGCUCAGCAACUCAAAACACUCCUUCAAAGUAAAGACAGCGAAAUCUCCUCUCUGCUGUCCUGUAAAGAUGGACAGAUGUCAGGAUAUCUAGAACAGCUGCAGGCUAAUUAUCGCACCCAGGUGUCGGUUUAUGAGGAUAGACUGACGUCUUUACGUUACCAAAGGGAGAAGGCUGACAAAGAGCUGAGAGGACUGGAAGCCAAGGCCAAAAGCCUGCAAAUUAAAGUGAACAGAUCUCAGCAGGAAAAGGAGCAAAUGGCAACAAAGAUGGAGUCGUUCAAGAACUCGAUGGUGUCUUUACAAAGCGAACGCGAGCGCCUGAUGUCAGAAUACAGAAUGCUUGAAGCCAAGAGUCAGUUAGGGCUAAAGGGUAAAGAGGGCUCUGCUGAUGGGGAGGGUGGUGCAACAAAAGGCCUUAAACAUGAAAUAAGAAAACUGUUACAUCAGAUGGACGAUCUGAAUUCAGAGAAUGCUAUGCUCAGGGCUCAGCUGGUUCGGUACAGAGAGGACUUAAAUCAAGUUUUAUCUCUCAAGGACAACCAGUUGAAAGUGCUGCUGAAGAAGCAGCAGGAUGUCAUUAAGAACCUUGAAAACCAAAAGGCUGCUGCAGAAAAGCAGCACAGAGAGUCUCGGUCAGAACUCUUAAAGGAAGAAGAGACGAGCAAUACGUUAAAAACAGAGAAUUCAAAGCUUAGAGCUCAAGUGUUAGAAUUGGAAGCUGAAAUAUCGACACAGAAGACGCAAAGAGCCACGACAAAUGAGGGAAAAGUGAUCGCUGACUUGCAGGAAGCUGUGGCAACUAAAGCAGCUGAAUGUAAUGACCUCCAGCAAAAACUUCUCUCCCAGAAAAUCUCAAUUGAUGAGCUCAAUCACAAAAUGCAGCUGCUGGAAAAGGAAACUGACCAAAAACUAGCUGAAGCAGAGGACAAAUACAACAAAGAGCUGGACUCGUUUGAGCGUGAGGUGGAACUGUCGAGAAGCGAGCGAGAGACGGCAGAUCAGAGGGUGGCAGAGCUCGCAAAAGACCUGCUUGAAAUGGAGCAAAAGCUAUCAGAGGCAAAUUCUCAAAGCAAAGACGUGAGGUCUCAAAAUGACUCCCUGCGCAAAGCCAUGGCCGCACUGCAGAACGACCGAGACCAGCUCAUAGAGGACUUCAAGAUCCUCAGGAACAGAUAUGAUGAAGAGCUCAGAGAGACUCAGUCGUCCUUGAACAAAGUUGAGCGCAGCCUGCAGGACGCCACCUCAGACCUGGCCAUGUUUUCCAAAGAGAAGGACAUCCUCGUGCAUAAAUUAAAAGCUGUCGAGAGCAAAGACGCAGACAUUGAACUGAACAAGUUGUUGGACGAGCUGUCGAAGGCCUUGUCAGAAAAGGAGAGAGACCUGAAACAGGCCGUUUUGGAAAACACCACUUACAGCAGGCAGCUGUCGGCUUUCUCCAGAUCCAUGGCCAGCCUCCAAAACGACCGAGACAGGCUGAUGGACGAGCUGGCCGGGGCCAAGAGAGAGGUUGACUCCAGGCAAGGCUCAGACCCAGAGGCUGCCUUUGCAAAAGGAAGUGACGGCAGUGCCUCCCAGACUGAGAGAGAGAGGCUGGUGACGAGGCAGAAGGUGGAUGAACUGCAGCAGGAAGAAACAGCAGAGCUCAGGUCUGAUGCUGAGAGGAAGGAUCACUCGUCCAUCACUCAGGAAACGGUUGCGGUGGCUGCUCAGAGUGCACUGGAAGAGACGGUGAGACGGUUGGAUGCAGAGAGGAAGCAGCUUCACGGAGACCUGCAGCGCUGCUUGUACGAGAUCCAGCAACGAGACCAGUACUUCCAGCAACUCAACGCCAAGCUGCAGCAGACGGUGGAGGAGAAAGGUGCCGUCGUAGCUCAGCUGAGGGCUGUUUCCCAAACCCUGAGGGACACCCAGAACCGCUGCCACUGGCUGGAAAGUCACGUCCAGGGCCAGGCACAGCAGGGUUUGGUGCACGCUGAGGUUGCACCAGGAGCUCCACAGGAGAAGAGCAACGACUCCCUGAUUUCUGAAACAGCUGAAGCCGGUCAGCUCAGAGAAAGGCUGCAUGAGGUGGAGCUGAGUCUGGCCGACGAGAGGGCGAGGAGGGAGGCGGCCGAGGACGCUCUGCGUCUGGCCGAGGACAGAGCCAAGAGUGUUGCUUCCGCUCUGUCCAGAGACACUCAGAGAGACUUCAGCAUCGAGAUGGAGACGGAGGAGGAGUGGGAAGCUCUGAGUCUCGACCCCAACCAGCCGCUCAUAGCACAAAAGGUGAAAGGAGGGAUGGUGUCAUGUCGCCGGUGGCUCAGGGGGAGGAGCCUCUACUUCUCCAGGCUGCUGACGAGUCGCGCUCGCUCUCGGUAUCUCUUCCUGGCGUAUCUGCUCACGCUACACGUGAUCGUCCUCAUGUGCUUCACCGGAGCCUUGUGAGGAGGAGACACCACACUAAACACUGAACACUGAAAGCUUUUACCUGUAGGACUGGUAGGCACGGUAAGACACCAACACGUCUGUCCAGGAAAGUCCUCGUCAAGGUCAGACUUACACUGAUGUCACCUCUUAGAGUUUCUGUUUGUUUUUUUUAACAUGGGUAAACCAAGCCUUAAAGCCUGACUCUUCCUCCUCUUUCCUCACCCGUCUGCUGAAAAGAAAAGAGCCUGAUGUGAUUGUUCUGUAAAAGCCUAAGAAUGUCCAGAAAGCCAUAUCCUCCUCCUCCUCCUCCUGUCACGUUAACACUACAGAUCUGACUAUUUAUUUUAUACUUUUUAAAUCAAACCUCGUCUCCUGCUCGUUAAACUUCCUGAACCUGAACUGUCUGUAAGUCAAACAGCCGUGGACACCAGCUGCUGCUGCUUCUCGCCUGAUUUCAUAAGUUGCACAUAAUCGUGAUGCUGAGUGAGAAUCUAUGCACUGAAACUCCAAAUGUGUACGUAAUCAUCUCAUGUGAGCUGGGAAGCACUACCCCCCCUCCCUUUAAAGCCAAAGCUGUCUGUAUCCCUCGGCUCUCACGGUGGAAGGAGACGGUUUCUAAAUAUCCUUGAAGUUAACUCUGGUAUCAUGGCAGAUGUGAAAGUCUGUAGUGUUUGUAUUUAAGACGUUCCUGUAUUUAUGUGCAUCCACAGAGAGUCAUGUAUUUAUGUAUAUAAGCCUUUCUAUCCUCUGCCGGGUGUUUGAUGAUGUACAUUUCUUCUUUGUUUGAGUUUGAAAAUGUGAUUAAUUAGAGACUGGUUCGACUAACAGGCCACGAGUUCUUCGGUGAACGUAAAGCUUCGCUCAGCUGCUCCCUGGCCUGGAAAUCCAUCCGCUUUGUCGACUCGUUUGCUGAUGCUGUAAUGAUCUGUACAUGGACGGAAAAAUGAACUGAAUCUAUUUAUGAAAAAGGUGAACUACUGAUGGCAUAUUUUUCUCUACUGCCUCUAUUUUUAAGAGCUGGCGACGCCGUCGGCCUCGAGGCUGAACUCAGUGCAAUACUGUCAGAUCCACCCUUUACCACCACCUCGCAACACAUUUAAUAAAUAAAGCUUGUUGGAGUUUCCUUCUUUC